GCCAUCAACUACGCAUGUCCAUUCUGGAGUGUUUGUUUACUUGCGUUGUAUGUGCGUGCGACUGCUUCCCCAGGCUUUUGCAUAACAUUGUUUUAAGGUUUAAACCUUAUUCUGCCGAUAUGGCAGCCACAGCACCGAACCCGGAGGAUUCGAACAGAAGCAGCGGCAGUGGAACCAGCCCACCCACUGUACUCGCGGGGGAUGGGGAUUCAGAGGAGGCCGAAGAUUUUACAUCUUCAACCCACUGCUCAGAGCUGUCUCGUCGGCAGAAUGAGCAGAGGAAGACCGGGUUGUUCUGCGAUGUGACGUUGGCCGUCAGUAGCGGGGCAGCCAGCGAAAGGGUCCAAAGUUGCGAGUUCACGGCCCACCGUUCGGUUCUGGCUGCAUCUACGGACUAUUUCACCCCUCUACUGGGGGGGCAAUUUUCUGAGUCGCUGUCCGGGCGGGUGGAUAUGAAAGAAUGGAGCUCUGAAACGGGGCCCGACCCAGAGACAGUGGAAAGUGUCAUACAAUUCAUGUACACUGGUGAAAUACGAGUGAGCACCGCCAACGUUCACGAAGUAUUGGAACUAGCUGACAGGUUCCUGCUGGUGCAGCUGAAAGACUUUUGCGGUGAGUUCCUGAAGAAGAAGCUGAGCCUGGCUAACUGCGUAGCGGUGCACAGCCUGGCGCACAUGUACACGCUGGACCAGCUUGCCCUGCGUGCUGCUGACAUGAUCAGACGCAACUUCCACAAGGUCAUCCAGGACGAAGAAUUCUACACGCUCCCCUUCCACCUGGUGCGGGACUGGCUGUCCGACGCCGAGAUCACCGUGGACUCGGAGGAGGUGCUCUUCGACGCUAUCGUCAAAUGGGUACAGCGCAACGCUGAGGAGCGAGAGAAGCACUUUGAGGAGCUGUUUCGUCUCCUCCGGCUUCCCCAGAUUAUGCCCACCUACCUGACCCAGGUGGUCAAGAAGGAGCCCUUGGUGGCCAACAACGCCGCCUGCCUGCAGCUGGUGUCUGAGGCCGUGGAGGGCCACGCCAUUCGCUUUGAGAACCUCAAGUCAGUCGACCUAGAGUUCUGGGCGUCACACAUGGCAGCCUUCCAGCCGCGCUUCGGACAGAACAUGGACGUGAUCAUGGUGGUGGGCGGGGUGUCUGAGGGCGGCGACUACCUGAGUGAGUGCGUGGGCUACUUUGUGUAUGAGGACCGCUGGGUCAACUUGCCCCACAUCCACAACCACCUGGAUGGCCAUGCCAUCGCCACCACGGACUCCCACGUUUACGUAGCAGGCUCCAUGGAACCGGGCUUCGCCAAGACCGUGGAGCGCUACAACCCCAACCGCAACACCUGGGAACAGGUGAGUAACCUGACCACGCGCAAGCACUCCUUCGGCCUCACCUGCAUCAAGAACAUCCUGUACAGCAUCGGCGGCCACGGCAACUUCAGCCCGGGCUUCAAGGACGUGAGCGUGUACGAGCCCGAGCAGGACAAGUGGCACAACCUUGAGUCGGCGCCCAAGAUCCUGCGCGACGUGAAGGCGGUGAGCGUGGAGGAUCGCUAUGUAUAUGUGACGGCGCGCACGCCCGUGGACACGGACAACGAGGACGGGCUGAAGACUGUGACCACGCGCUACGACACCGAGAGCCACCAGUGGCAGGAGGUGGACUCCCUGCCGCUCAUUGACAACUACUGUGUGUUCCAGAUGGCGGUGGCGCCCACCAACUUCUACCACACUGCCUCUUGCUGCCCCAAGAGCUAUGCCGUGCAGGACGAGACCGCAAAGCAGAAGAUCAGUGCUCGCAUCUCGGACGACAUCCUGGAGAGCCUGCCGCCUGAGGUCACCAGCAUCGAGGGCACUGCCAUCUGCUACCUGGGCGAGGACGUGUUUGUGAUCGGCGGCUGGAAGAACAGCGACGACGUGGACAAGCAGUACCGCAAGGAGGCCUACCGCUACUGCGGCGAGCGGAAGCGCUGGAUGCUGCUGCCGCCCAUGCCCCAGCCUCGCUGCCGCGCCACCGCCUGCCACGUACGCAUCCCCUACCGCUUCCUGUACGGCUGCCAGCGCUACCCUAUGCCACAGAACCUGGCGCGGCAGCGGGACCGCAUGCAGCAGAUGCAGCAGCUCCACCGCCGCACCCUCACCCUGCGCAGGCAGCUGCAGUCGCAGAUCGAGUGCUGAACUCCAUUCCGUCCUCCCACGAGCGGCAGCGUUUUCAGUGUCCGAUUCCCAUUCUCCUUUCAGUACUGGCCCUCCUGUCUAAUAUGCAGUUUGUUGAUAUUGCCACGCUUUUUGGGGGGGUUGCUUUUCAUUUUUUGGGCUCAGGUUUGUCGACGAGAGAGUGUCUGUGGCAGUUGUAUGUGACAAUUGGCAUUGAAUAAACGUAUGACCAGACAAUGGAAUGAUACGCCAUUUAAAAAGGACAUUAUUUAUGUAUGCUUUUGGCCUUACUUAAAUAUGCCUUCUCUUAAUCCUCUCUUAAUAUAUGCUUUAGAGAAGCGUUUCCCAAACUUGGUCCCGAUGAACCCAAAGUGUGCACAUUUUGGUUUUUGCCCUAGCACUACACAGCUGAUUCAAAUAAUCGAAGCUUGAUGAUGAGUUGAUUAUUUGAAUCGGUUGUGUAGCGCAGUGGAGGCUGCUGAGGGGAGGACGGCUCAUAAUAAUGGCCGGAGCGGCGCGAUGGAAUAAGCAUCAAACACCUGGAAAACAUGUUUGAGUUAUUUGAUACCAUUCCACUAAUUCCACUCCAGCCUUUACCACAAGCUGGUCCUCCCCAAUUAAAGUGCCAACAACCUCCUGUGGUGUAGUAUAAAAUGUGCACCUGAGGACCGAGUUUGUGCAAACACUGCUUUAAAGUCUAGACGCAGCAAUGCUCUAGUGUCAGCCUGUUAGUACUAUCAUGCCAACUCAGUUGCUGUCAAUGCCUGACGAGUUGAUCUGGGACCAGGCUAGCAAUGCUCCAUUCUAGCUUGUAAAUGGGAGUUCCUGUCCAACUACAUUAGACGCAUGCCAGAUCUUACAACUCCUGAUUAGGUAUUUAACACAUCUGCUAACCACAUCACAUGCUAUAGCAAUCUGAUGCCCGACUGCACAGUCGAGGACGUGGCACGGAACUAUUGGUUGAUGCAAUGGAACACUUACGCUUGUAGUCGGCCAGGAACUCGACCUUAGAAUGACAUUCCAUUUGACACUGUGAUGGUUCCCAUGACCACCUUUUAUGUACUGGCUUUAGUGAGAUGCUAUGGCCCACACAAAGGGGAAGGUUUUUAAAGACUUGCUUUAAUGUACACCUAUUGAGUGCAUUGUAUAGACAGGCUACUCCUUUCAGUUUUAGGCUACUCCUUUCGCUUGCUUCUUUACAAUCUUCGGCCUGUUUCCUCCAUGGCUUUGUUUUGCACUAGAUAUAUGUGUUACGAUAGCUCAAUGUGUUCUGUACCAUUUGAAUGUUGGAAAGAGACUCGUAACACCAGAUUUGUUUGUGUUGUUUAAAUAUGCACUGUAAAUAAUAGGAGAGGAACAAAAAGCACUUAAUUUUGGAAAGUCUCAAUCUAUUUUUGACCUGUUGGAUCUGUUUUUUGUUGUUGUAAAAUUAUAGGUGGAGCAGAAUAAUCAUUUUAAGGGAACAAGUGUCCUCUGUAACUUGGGCCAAAUGACAUCUACAGUAACUUAAAAAAAAAAGGCUUUUAUUUACCUUAGUUUCACAGUAACCUUAUACAGUUACUGCUAACAUGACCCCCCACUUUCUCCAGAGCACAAUACAAAAGAGGCAGGAUACUUGUCCAUAUAAUUAAGCAUGUAUUUGAUGUAGCAAAAAUGACUAACUCGUUUUCGACCAAAUUAGCAGUUACUGCCUUUUUGCUUGGUAGGGCAGUGAAGACCUUGUGCUACAAUUACACUUUAUAAUUCUCCCAAUGCCAAAGCAUAACCUGGAAGUAAUUCUAUUUAGAAAUAAUGAACUCCACUACCUCACAGGAAGGCAGAUUAUAGCUACUGGGGUAACAUACCUACCCCACUUGCACAGGAAAGUUUAACGACACACUCAGGUGGUCUUCAAUGAAAUGUCUGUCAGUCAUUAUUUGGCUCGUUUCGCUAACCUGAAACCAAGGUCAAAGACUUUAUUAGCAUUCCAUUGUGCUUACAAUACCGACGUGUGUGAAAUGUUCUUCAAGCCGUGAUGUUAUCUGGCCGUUUUAACAAUUCUUUUUUUUCUUUCUGGAAACUUGUCUGGAAAUGGGAAAAGCUGUAAUGAUGUAUUUACUCACUCAGUGCAUUGUGAAUGUUUUCAGGUAAUUGUGUGUAUUUCCUGCUGUGUGUUUUAUAUUGUCAAAGACUUAACCUUUUAAGGUCAUUGUGGCCGGAGGCACAUUGUGUUACGUAUUGACUUACAUUCCUCAACACCGUUUUUAUUCACAGUACCUCACAAUCGUGUUUCAGGUAAAACAAUCCAGAGUUCUGGAUGUUCUACCAUGUACAUUCAUAAAUGCACUCCAUGGAUAGUUAGAUUCAGAGUAGUAUACUAUGUCGGUGUUGAUUUUGUAAAUGUCUCUAGUUGGGAUGUUUUUUUUUUUAUUUGAUACUGAAAGUCCUUUAUCAUGGUGAAAGCAGUGAAUCUCCCACCAGUUGUUAUUCCUCUUCCAUAAAUGCAGAGGGAAUCUGAGCUUGUGUGUUAUUGUAGGUGUCCAGAACCCAUAUUCCUUCUGGUCUCAUUCUUGUACAGUAAUUUGAAGUUGUAAAGGCCAUAUUUUGCUUUGUGUGUAUUCGCUUUAAAAUGCAGAACAAGCUCUGAGAAUACCGCCAUUUGCAAUUUUAAAAAAAAAAGGAGAUAUUUCAUAUAAUUAGGUGGCCUAUAUCUGUUGUCUGUGAAGAUGCUGAAUAUGUUUUAUUUUGGUAUGUCAGAUGUAUAAUGCAAACAAUCAGCUAAAAUGUUUUACUCCAAACAGUUAUCUUAAUAUAUUUAUUUCCUAAGCAAAA